AUGCACAAGUCACCAUAUUACGGCACCAUUUACAAAAGUACAAAUGUACUGGAGUGGCUCCUGAUCCAGCACGAUUCUUUUGUCUUCACUUUGGCUACAUCGCAUCAACUUGAUUUUGAGGAUGAACCUAUCUGUGCCAUCUGUUUGAAGAUGUUCACAGAUCCUGUUGCAAUUCCCUGUGGUCAUAAUAUCUGCAUGAAAUGCAAAACGACUUCCUGGGAUAAAGAAGUGGCUACAAAGAUAUACAGCUGCCCAAAAUGUCAUGGGAGCUCCUCCCACAAGACUCAGCUCUGUAAGAACAGUGUUAGGCAAAAGCUAUCGUCUUGUUUGGAGUAUAUGGCAUCGUUCUGUGAAAUCCACAUCAGGACCCAUUGUGAAAAUGCAGCACUGAGACUUCACAGGGUGCAUAAUCCAGUCAAAACGACUGAGAAACGGCAAUGCAAAAGACACGACAGGCCCCUGGAUCUGUUCUGUAAUGUCGAGGAUGCAAACCUGAGGGUGCUUGAGUUCAUCGAGAAGGAAGAGCAGGUAGCACUGUCCAAGACUGAAGAAACUAUUGCCAAAAGGGAACAGAAGAUAAAUGAGUUGAAUAAAGAGAAACUCGUGAUGGGAGAAGUUUCAGAAAUUGUUGAUAACAUUACAUUCCUGCAGGAACCCAAAGCUUUGAGCAACAAAAGUCUAAAGCCCUUAUCUCAGGACAGUGGUGAGGUGGACAUUCGUUUUCUGGGUUUAGGCAGGGUUGUAAUUAACCUCAAAGAGGAACUGACAGCGCAAAAGUGCCUGUCUCUGAUGAAAGGCAACCUCAAAGUGGAAAACAUCUGGCCAGAUGAGGUCUAUUGUGUAGAUCAUACGGAACGGUUCGACCGUUGCGUGCAACUGCUGUGCGCAGAAAAAUUGGACAAACAUGUCCAUAACUGGGAAGUUGAAACCAGCAAAGGUUGCUGCGUGGGUGUGACAUCUCAAGAUAUAAUGAGAAAGGGAGCAGGCCACUCAUGUCUCAUCGGGAGGAAGAGCCUCUCUUGGGGAUCACAGCUGUUUAACACCCAUUGCUCAGCAUGGCAUAAUAAUGUAGAAGAUAAAACAAAAUCAGAGAAAUAUGAACAAAUUGGUGUGUAUCUAAACUAUCCUAAUGGAAUUCUUGCCUUUUAUGCUGUCUCUGAUAUCAGUGAUACAUUAUUAUACCGAUUCUAG